AUGACCACCAAGAUGCUUCAGAAGGUUUGCUCCUAUCGAUUGGGUUUGGUGGCUGGCCUACUUUCUCGAAUUCGCGGCAAGGAAGUGGCAUUGCUGAUCACUGAACAUGAGGAACUUGAUCCUUCAACCUCUGAGGCCAUCAUUGAUCUCAUGGACCAGCGUGCUGUAGACAUGCGAAAACAAGGUGCCAGAGUACGUCUUGUGGAUGAGCAAGCAAAGUCCUUGCGAGCGAAGUUGACGAUGCUCUUCAACUCUUUGCCCAGCCAUCAGAAGCAUGAGUACCAUCAGCUGUCUGAACAAAUGGAUGGCGAUCCUGGGGUCACCAGACCAACCAAAGUGGCGAUCGGUGUCAAGACUUGGGGCCACAAUCACCAUAUGGUUUCAAUGGCAAGGCAUGGGGUCAGUGCCAGUGCUUCUGGCAGCGGUAGCCUAUGUCAGAUUCGAUCUUUGGGCUUUCAAGAAACCAAAGACUGCAAGGAGAUCAGCUCACAGUUUGUGAGAUGCAAAAAGCAUCAAAGUCAUCAAACAAAAGAUCAAGCAAUUCAGGCCUUUGCAGAACAUAGAGUAUCAAAUGAUUACAAUGCCUAUUGGGAUGGACAAGAUGAACCUAACAUUUGA